AGCUAUGGUGCUGACUUCCUACUGAACAGAUUGAAAGAAGCAGAGAUCACAGCCCAGGGGUCACAUGUCAUAUUGGAUCUCAUUGAGAAAAUGCUCACUUACUUGGCAAAUGCCACCAUGACUGGAACCCGUAGAUUAGAAGGAGGCCUUCAGCGUCUAUCCAAUUUCCUGCAGGUAGUAUAUGCUGGGAAUGACAUGAAGGCUGCAUCUUUGAAGGCAUUCAAGGUCUUUGUGCAAGAGGAGGAAAUUGGAGGCAAACUGUGGCAAAAGAAGAAAAUUUGCAAGUCUAUUCACUUCUGGUGCUUCAACCCUGGCAUAGGUUUGGAAAGGCUAUCUUCACUUGGGGUCCAUAGUUUAAUCAUGACAUCAGGAACUCUUGCCCCACUUGAUACACUCCAAGCCCAGCUCAAAGUCCCCUUCUCUGUCACCCUGGAGAAUCCACACAUAGUGGGUGAGAAUCAGGUGUUUGCUGGUAUUAUCCCCAAAGGACCUGAUGGCACACUUCUUUCAUCAUCUUAUGAGAAUAGGAAAAACCCAGCUUAUGUUGGAUCCCUAGGACAAACAAUCCUGAAUGUGGCCCGAGUGUCCCCAGGGGGUAUGCUGGUUUUCUUUCCCUCAUAUGCAGCCCUGAAGUCCUCCAUGGAGGCUUGGCAAGACAAAGGUACCUGGUCAUCUCUUCAAAAAAUCAAGCCUAUCUUUGUUGAACCGGUUGGAAAGGAUGGAUUGAUAGAAACCAUGCAAGAAUUCAGUCGAUUGGCUCGAGACACUGCAGGAAAAGGUGCUUUGUUCCUUGCAGUUUGUCGAGGCAAGGUAUCAGAAGGACUUGACUUUGCUGAUGAUUUGGGCAGAACAGUUGUCAUAACAGGUCUUCCUUACCCUCCAAUGAUGGACCCUCGAGUUGUUCUCAAGAAGAGCUUCCUGGAUGAGUCACGCACCAAUGGACAGAGCCUGACAGGUGGGGAGUGGUAUCGACUGGAAGCAAGUCGUGCUGUAAACCAGGCCAUAGGGAGGGUGAUCAGGCAUCGGGAUGAUUAUGGUGCUAUCCUCCUUUGUGAUGCUCGCUUUCAAGAUUCCAACUUCAAGAGCAGACUUUCUUCAUGGAUACGGCCACGAUUGGCAGUCCAUAGUGAAUUUGGCAAAGGACUUCGAUCAAUUGCUCAGUUCUUCAGUGCUGCUCACAAGAUAUCCUCAUCAAGAAUCCAAAAGUUGGAGCCACAAUCAGGUUCUGUGACCAUCCAUGAAAGACGAAAGAAGUCGUCUACAUCCAAGCUGAAUGAAGAAAAAGACACCAACUGCAUGAAACAAUAUUACAGGGAAGAGUCACAAGAAGGAAAGUCUGGAGAAUAUAAAGACCUCUUUGAGGGCCUGAUAGAGGCAAAACCAACAAGUCUGGUUGGCUUCUUGGGUGAUCCACAGGGCUCUGAUACUGUUCCUGUUGCAAGUACCACAGUCAGCACACACUUGAAUUCAGUAGCUCAACCUCCAAAACGGAGAAAGAUAAAGAUGAUUCCAAAUGCACCAGCUGAGAAGCCUUUGCUGAAGAUGGAGAAUCAUGUCAAGGAGCCAGACAAAAUGGAAGCCAGUAAAAAUUUCUUGUCCCAGGCAAGGAAGACAUUACUUGAGCAAGAGUACAAAGCAUUUUCCAUGGCACUUAAGAUGUAUCAACAAAGUAAGAAGCUCAAUGAAUUGAUGUCAGUCCUCAAACCUCUAGUAUCUCAAGACUCUACAAAGGGUCGACUUUUUUAUGGUCUGACAUCAUUCUUGACUGCUGCUCAUCGUCAGCCCUUUGAAAAAUUUAUUGACUCCAAUGUGAACUCCAGACAAGAAUGAUGUGCAAGUCAAGGUAAUUUUUGAGCAUGUGAUCAUUCUGUUUUUGUGUUUUUUUCUCUUACUUUUACCAUCACAAAGGCAUGAUUAUAAUUUCAUAGUGAAAUCAUCAGAAUGAAAUUAUUGUACUUUUAUAUGAUCUGAA